CGGAAGUCCCACCUCGACGCUCUAGCGGGUCACCGGCUGGCCGGUAGGACGGAGCCAAGGGUGGGGGUGGGGCGCGGAGCAGAGCCCAACGGCCGCCGCAGGAGGAUGAGCGAGCUGCCCGCCGGCAGUGGCGCCCUGCGGGCUGGUAAGGAGCGGCCCGGCCCCGAGUACCUCUGCCCUCAGGUUACAAAGCAGCUAAAUGGAGUCUGAGCAGCUGUUCCACAGAGGUUACUAUCGAAACAGCUACAACAGUAUAACUAGUGCAAGCAGUGAUGAGGAGCUUUUAGAUGGAGCAGGUGUCAUUAUGGACUUUCAGACCUCUGAGGAUGAUAAUUUGUUAGAUGGUGACGCAUCAGUUGGAACUCAUUAUACAAUGACAAAUGGAGGAAGCAUUAACAGUUCAACGCAUUUAUUGGACCUCUUGGAUGAACCCAUACCUGGUGUUGGAACAUACGAUGACUUCCAUACUAUUGACUGGGUGCGGGAGAAGUGCAAAGACAGAGAAAGGCACAGACGGAUUAACAGCAAGAAGAAAGAAUCGGCCUGGGAGAUGACAAAAAGUUUAUGUGAUGCCUGGUCAGGAUGGCUAGUAGUUACACUAACUGGUUUGGCAUCAGGGGCAUUGGCUGGGUUAAUAGAUAUUGCUGCUGAUUGGAUGACUGACUUAAAGGAAGGCAUUUGCCUUAAUGACUUGUGGUAUAACCAUGAGCAGUGUUGUUGGAGAUCGGAUGAGAACACGUUUGAAGAGAGAGACAAAUGUCCAAAAUGGAAAACAUGGGCAGAACUAAUAAUUGGCCAAGCAGAUGGUCCAGGUUCAUACAUAAUGAACUACAUAAUGUACAUUUUCUGGGCUUUGAGCUUUGCUUUUCUAGCAGUUUCUUUUGUGAAGGUGUUUGCUCCUUAUGCCUGUGGCUCUGGGAUACCAGAGAUUAAAACUAUCUUGAGUGGCUUCAUCAUCAGAGGUUACUUGGGCAAGUGGACCUUGAUGAUUAAAACCGUCACUUUAGUCUUGGCUGUAGCAUCAGGCUUGAGCUUAGGAAAGGAGGGUCCUUUGGUACAUGUAGCUUGUUGCUGCGGGAAUAUUUUUUCCUACCUCUUUCCAAAGUACAGCACAAAUGAAGCUAAAAAAAGAGAGGUGUUAUCAGCUGCAUCAGCAGCAGGAGUAUCAGUAGCCUUUGGUGCCCCAAUUGGUGGAGUCCUUUUUAGUCUGGAGGAGGUCAGUUAUUACUUCCCGCUAAAAACUUUGUGGCGGUCCUUUUUUGCAGCUUUAGUUGCUGCUUUUGUUUUGAGAUCCAUCAAUCCUUUUGGUAACAGCCGUCUAGUUCUUUUUUAUGUGGAAUACCACACCCCCUGGUACCUUUUUGAACUACUUCCUUUCAUUCUCCUGGGGGUGUUUGGUGGGCUCUGGGGAGCAUUUUUCAUUCGUGCAAACAUCGCCUGGUGCCGCCGCCGCAAAUCAACAAAGUUUGGGAAGUACCCUGUCCUGGAGGUCAUCAUUGUCGCAGCAAUAACAGCUGUCAUUGCCUUUCCCAAUCCAUACACAAGGCUCAACACCAGUGAACUCAUUAAAGAGCUUUUCACAGACUGUGGACCCUUGGAAUCCUCCUCUCUCUGUGAUUACAGAAAUGACACGAAUGCCAGUAAGAUUGUUGAUGAUAUUCCUGACCGUCCAGCAGGCACGGGAGUUUAUUCGGCCAUAUGGCAGUUGUGUUUAGCACUUAUAUUCAAAAUAAUUAUGACAGUCUUCACCUUUGGCAUCAAGGUACCAUCUGGUUUGUUCAUCCCCAGCAUGGCAAUUGGAGCAAUAGCAGGGAGAAUUGUAGGAAUCGCAGUGGAGCAGCUGGCCUAUUAUCACCACGACUGGUUUAUCUUCAAGGAAUGGUGUGAGGUUGGAGCUGACUGUAUCACACCAGGCCUUUAUGCCAUGGUUGGUGCUGCUGCAUGCUUAGGUGGUGUAACUAGGAUGACUGUCUCCCUAGUAGUCAUUGUAUUUGAGUUAACAGGGGGCCUGGAAUAUAUUGUGCCCCUCAUGGCUGCAGUAAUGACCAGUAAGUGGGUGGGUGAUGCCUUUGGUAGGGAAGGCAUCUAUGAAGCGCAUAUCCGGCUGAAUGGAUAUCCUUUCCUGGAUGCUAAGGAAGAAUUCACUCACACAACACUGGCUGCUGAUGUUAUGAGACCUCGAAGAAGUGAUCCACCUUUGGCAGUUCUGACACAGGAUAAUAUGACGGUGGACGAUAUAGAAAACUUGAUCAAUGAAACUAGUUAUAAUGGUUUCCCUGUCAUAAUGUCAAAAGAAUCUCAGAGACUAGUGGGAUUUGCUCUAAGGAGAGAUUUAACUAUUGCAAUAGAAAGUGCUAGAAAGAAGCAAGAAGGUAUUGUUGGCAGUUCCAGAGUCUGUUUUGCCCAACAUACCCCAUCACUUCCAGCAGAGAGUCCUCGGCCUUUGAAGCUUCGAAGCAUUCUUGAUAUGAGCCCUUUCACCGUGACAGACCACACACCAAUGGAGAUAGUGGUGGAUAUUUUUCGCAAGCUGGGUCUGAGGCAGUGCCUUGUAACACACAAUGGGAUUGUCUUGGGGAUCAUCACAAAGAAGAACAUAUUAGAGCAUCUCGAGCAACUAAAGCAGCACGUCGAACCCUUGGCGCCUCCUUGGCAUUGUAACAAAAAAAGAUAUCCUCCGUCAUAUGGCCCAGACGGCAAACCAAGACCCCGCCUCAAUAAUGUUCAACUGAAACCCAUAGCUGAGGAGAGAGAGGAAACUGAAGAGGAGGUUCAUUUGUUGAAUAGCACAACACUUUAGUCUGAGAGAUUCUACUAAAAUCAGAAAUGAGAGCUGAGUGUUUGCAUAAUAAUGCUGUUGGAAUUCAGGAUUGGUCUGGGGAAGUGUGGAGAGUUAGUGGCGUUCUCCACCGAAGCAUGGGGAAAGAGAACUUCUGCUGUCCUGCACUGGAUGCGUUCCCUGAUGUGCGAUCUGCCAUGAUAGUGCAGUGGGAAAGCUGUAUCUGAAAGUGGAAUUCUCCAAACCUUAACCUGUUACUUCAGCAUUGAAGAGAUGCAUUAUUAGUCCCUGUUUCUGGAGGGAUCAUUUUGAAUUGAGCCAUCUUUUGGAGACUGCAAAGUCUUGCCCAUUUUACCAUUGAAAACUGUUGUGUUAACUCAUUAAUGUAUAAUUAUUACGUCACCUUUCUACAUUCCAGAAGAGCUUUUAUUUCUCUCUCUCCUGAGCCAUUAAUGAAGCCUCUUUAAAACUGGUGUGCCCUUUUGAAGCAGUAGUUUCUCAUAUUGAGAUGUGCUGUGAUUUACUGAGGUUUGAUCACAAGAAGGGAGAUUUUCUUGUGCCAUUAAACGUGUAGUUUGUACAUCAUGAAAUCAUUGGGGCAGUACAGAUCCCCUGCAUAAAGCAGAUUGAGUAGGUAAUACUUUAUAAGAAGCAUGUGUGAAAUGUUGCAGCCAGUGUGCUGUGAUUUGAGAAAAAUUAAACACAGAGAAAACUUGAGUUUCAAAGGAAAAAUAAUGUUUUUGCUGCAGAAUAUAUCAAUAAUGUGACCUGGUCUUAUGCAAUUUUUGUAUUAUUGAAAACACUAUGAUAUAUACCAAUGUUGUGCAGUAUAAAGAAAAUACUGCUACUCUGAUAGUUAAGAGCAGAAGCAAUUCUGUAUAAGUGUAUCUGAUAACAAUUGCAUGCUGAAACACUGGAGAUUUUUUCCAUAAAAUUAAAAAUCAGUCAUCUUAUUUUUUCCUUUCCCACAAAAACAUGUUUUACUACUGACUGGAAGUAAGAAAUGUAAAUCAUAACUUGCACUAAAUGUAUAUUUUUUUCUUGAAAUUUUACCAUUCUUUAUUUAUAUUUUUAUGGAUUAAAAUCUAUU